AUGGUACGCGUGGAAUUGUCUUUCAAUCUUCAGCUGAAGCCUUCCUUCUGUCUGUUGUUAGGAGGCUUUCAGAGCUCCAGCCUUCUUGGGCCCUCUUGCGCUAUGGAAGUCUCCGUGGUCGGAACUAUUGGGCCCGCGGAGAGUCCAAAGUCAACCUCCUUGUGCAAGGUGUGUGAUUCGGGCCACUGCGCCGAACUCGCAGUCGGUCGGAUUUUGAAGACUUUCUGUCAGCGCAGGGCCGCUCAAGAUGCAGCGUUGAGCGACGCCAGAUGUGCGAGCGUGGCCCGGCCAGGCAUUGCCAGAUCUCAGAAUCGUGUGUUGCCUUUCCGCGGCAUGGCGCAGCAGAUGCGGGCGCAGCGGCUCAGCCAAAUUUCAUCCCAUGGCAGCUGGACAGUUUGGGCAGGAUUUGCGAGAAGGGGGCGUCCAUCAGCCUGUGUCACCGAUGCAAGCAGCGUCUACUCAAAGGAGUUUAGGACUUGGCUUUGA